AUCGUUAAAACCUUAACUUUUAGCUAGUUAGAUUUAAUGUGGAUGAUGAUAACGUUGAAUUAGUUCAUAACUUAGGAUUUUAGUAGAUAUGUGUAUCUUUAUUUGUAAAUGUGGCUUGAGUUAAUUGAAUAUAUUAUGUUUUUUAUGCUUUAUUGUGUUUGUUUAUGUUUAUGCAUUUGUCUCAUAUUAUAAAGACUAACAUUUUGAGGUAUUUCAUAUGCAGAGGAAUAUGAUUAAUUUUCGUGUUGAAGAAACACAAAAUUCACAAGUGAAUCAAAUUGAUUUUCUCACUAAGGAGGAUACCCUAAAUAUUCACCCCAAAAAUAUGUCGAAUCAAAAAUCUUACGAUCAUAAUUUGGAAUCAGAGGAUACCAAUGAUGUUCGUGAAGAGUUGGAGUCAAAUGUACGUGAUGGAACAAUUCACCACAAGGAAAAUCGUGAGAGUACAUCUUCUUCUCAAAAAAAUAUACAUACGGGCGUAAGGGAGGAAAGUGGGUGGUUGAUGUUAUAGAUUCAGAUGGAAAGUCAACAGAAAAACAUAUGACUUCAAAUGAUAUUAAAAAAGAUAUGGGCUAUAAAAUUGUUCUCGACUUUGGUCCAUAUAAUCAACCGGAAGGAGGAAGUGGAGGAUUAUUUGGUACGUGGCUUGGCAAAUAUUGUCUUGAUCAUCCAUUUGGCCUAACUUAUGAGGAUUGGAGGAAUGUAGAUAAACAAAAAAGGAUGAUGUUUGGAAUGUCAUUCAGGAUACGUUUCAUUUUGAUGCUUCAAAUGAGGAGUAUAAGAAGUCUAUGAUGAAAAUUUUGGGUCAAAAGGCCAAAAAUCAUAAGAAUUUAUUGUGGAAUAAACAUAAACGUGACACUCUUGAGGAAUCUAUAGAAAAUCGGCCAAAAAAUAUUUCAGAAGAAGAGUGGCAAGAUUUUGUCCAUUUACAGUUUACUGAAAAAAUUAAGAUAUUGAGAAAGCGAAAUACGGAAAGUAGCCAUCACAAGACACCACAUAAGUUAGGAAAAAAAAGCAUUGCUCGAAAGUCUAAAGAAGAUCUUAUCAAGACGGGUAAACGUCCAAGUCGAGAAGCCAAUGGAGAUAAAUCCGUUGCCGUUAGGAAAAAGAAAAAGAUUAUAGGGGUGGAAUCUAUUAGGAAUGUCCCUAUUUCUUCCUCGAGUUCCCCGCGUCAAAAUCCCAAAGAUGAUCAAACCAUCUUACUCAUGUCAUUGCAUCAAGCUAACGAUAAAAUUGCGACUUUAGAGGAGAGUCAAGCGGCGUAUCAGCAGAAGAUGCAGGCUAAACUUGAUCAUUACGAGCAUCUCUUCGAUAUCAUUGCUAAUAGAGAUCCCACAGUAGAGGUGGCUUUAAAGGAAAAGCGACGACAACAAGAACUUCAACAAGCCAACAACUAAGGAAGUUCUAAUCUAAGUAUCUCCUAAUACUAAAAAAAAAAA